AUGAAUAUGUUGGAUGAUGAAGAUGACCAAAGCUUUCACGCUACGCGUGACGGCUACUCCCAUUUGAGCGAUGUCGAAUGGGAUGCGGUUGAACGAAUGGGUUCGACCAUGGGCAUCCAUGCUGUUAGCGUCAUGCUAGAGGCUCUCAAUAGAGAUGCCCAACAUGCUACUAUCGCCAAGUUCAUUCAAAAUGAACUUGACGCAGAAAGCGAGAAAGUAGCCUUGCUUCACCAACAAGGUUCUCAACAAGCAGAGUUGUUGAGAGAACAGGGUGCUCAACAGUUUGAACUGUUGAGACAGCAGAAGGCUGCUGCUGGUGGGUCGAUGCACUCGCGUCGACCCGAGACUUUGAAGAUUGACAUCUCCAAGUAUAGGGGAGUCGAAGAAGACUCCCUCUUGAGUGAGUGGUUCGUCGAAUUGGAUGACGCCAUAAGGGCGCGUCGCAUCGACGACGGGGAUAUGCAAGUUGCAUUUGCCCAGUCAAAUCUGGCAGGACGUGCCAAGACUUGGGCACUGGGGCUCAAGUUGCACGACCCAUAUGCGUUUGGGUCGUUGGAAGUCUUCAAGUCGCGGCUCAGACAAACGUUUGAACCGCCUAGAGCUGAGUUCAGGGCUCGAACCGAACUCUUGAAGCUCAAGCAGGGUAAGCGUGAUGUGCACGCUUACGCUCAACAUAUACGACAUCUCACGAGUUGUAUAAGUUCCAAUCCGGUGGAUGAACACACGUUGGUUUUGGUGUUCAUGCAGGGUCUUGCGGAUGGUCCCGUCAAGACUCACCUGUUCAGGCUUGAACUAGAUUCACUAGAACAAGCCAUUUCCAUUGCGGAGCAGGAAGACUUCAGUCUGAGACAGGCUCGCGCCAGCUCGACAUCAUAUCGUCAACCGAGACGAUAUGACAACGGAGGUCCCAGAGCCGAUGGAACUCUGUUAUGUAGAGAGCGAGAAGGCUCGCUCUACAGGCUACAAGAAGUUGCAGAAAUGCAACAGAUGUCAAAAGACAGGACACUACGCUUACGAGUGUAG